UGUUACGACCAUGAACGCGUUGGUUCUAGUUGCUUUGUUAUUAUUAUUUUCCCUUUAUUAUUUUUGGCGGAAAUGGAGAUACGAAACCGUUUGGAAAUAUGUUUCAGCAAUUCCUGGACCUAAAGAAAAACCAAUUAUAGGAACAUUCAGUUUCGGUACUGCAGAAUCACAAUUCCUUACCGAUCGAAAUAAUGGAAAAGAAUUUUAUCCUAUUUAUAGGAUGUGGACAUUAGAUAUACCAAUAGUUGGUAUAUUGAAUCCAGAAGACAUAGAGCUCAUUAUCAAUAAUCCUAAACACAACACUAAAAGUUAUGUUUAUGAACUUAUACACGAAUGGUUAGGAACAGGACUUCUAACAAGUUCGGGUCAAAAAUGGCAACAUAGACGAAAAAUGUUAACUCCAGCAUUCCAUUUCAACACCUUACAGGAAUAUGUAGAAGUAUUAAAUAAUGAAACAACUGUGGUAGUUAAUCAGUUGAGAGAUUUAUGCAAUGAACCAUUUGUUAAUGUCAUCAAACCUAUAACGGAUUAUGCAUUGAAUUCCAUAGCAGAAACAGCUUUAGGUGUUUCGCUUAGAGAAGAAUCAAAUUGUACGAAAUACCGAGAAGCAAUUCAUAAUUAUGGUAUGUCGUUUGUUCAUAGAGCCGUACGACCUUGGCUGUUAAUACCAUUCAUCUACAAACUAAGUUCCUUGAAAAGAAAAAAUGAAGAAAUGAUCAAGAUAAUGCAUGAUUUUUGUGACAACAUAAUUAAUAACAGACAAAUAAAUUUUACUCCCGAAACAAUGAAUAAUUCAAGGGGGAAACGACUAAAUCUACUAGAAUUGAUGUUAAAAGCGAAAUACACCAGAGCUGAAAUCGACGAUGCAGGAAUCAGGGAAGAAUUGAAUACGUUUACGUUUGCGGGUCACGAUACUACAGCUAUGGCCUUAAUUUAUACUCUGAUGGAACUAGCAAAUCAACCAAAAAUACAAGAUGAACUUUAUCAAGAAAUAAUGUCAGUCGUAGAUGAAUCCGAUGAGCCAUCUUAUCAACAAUUGGGAAAAUUAAAAUUUAUGGAUAGGUGUAUCAAAGAAUGCUUAAGGCUUUAUCCAAGUGUACCAGUAAUCGGUAGAAUAUCAGGCGAAGAAAUAAAAACAAAAACAGGAUAUGUUAUUCCAAAUAAUUGUUUCAUUCAUAUAUACAUUUACGAUCUCCAUAGAAGACCUGAAUUAUGGGAAAAUCCAGAAAAGUUUGAUCCCGAUAGAUUUCUGCCUGAAAAUGUAGCUAAGAGGCAUCCAUUUGCUUAUUUACCAUUCAGUGCAGGAGGAAGAAAUUGUAUAGGGCAAAAAUUUGCGCUAUUGGAAAUGAAGACAUUUCUUUGUGGAAUACUGCGAAAUUUCAAACUGGAAUCUGUGACUAAACCCGAAGAUAUUAUUUACAGAUCAGACAUAGUUUUAAGAUCAAGCACAGAUAUAAAUGUUAAAUUUAUAACCUUGCGUGAAAUUGCAUUACAGCCUACUAAAGACAGCAUUCAUUCGAGGUUGUUUAUUCUGCAUAUAAACAUGUUUUUGAUAGUAAUUGCAACUUUAGUGACGGUCAUCGGCUUUAUUUUUUGGAGUAAAAAGAAAAAUGAAGAGUUUUGGAAACAUUUUAUGGCAAUACCGGGCCCCAAGGCGUAUCCCGUAAUUGGAACUGAAUAUCAUUUCGAGGACUCAGAGGCUAUGUUUAAUAGAGAUAGAAAACGUUCUGUAGAAUAUUUUCCAAUUUACAAGAUGUAUACGCUAGGCAUUGCAACUGUCUGUAUAAUGACUCCCGAAGAUAUAGAGUUGAUUUUGAAUAAUUCCAAACAUCUUGAAAAAAGUCAAAUAUAUAACCUUCUUCACGAUUGGCUUGGAACGGGGCUGUUAACUAGUAAAGGUCAACAAUGGCACUCGAGAAGGAAAAUUUUAACGCCAGCCUUUCAUUUCACUAUUUUGCAAGAGUUUGUUCAUAUUUUUAAUAAAGAAAUGAACCAUUUAGUUGAGGAUAUAAAAAAAUUAUGCGAUCGACCCUAUAUUGACGUUGUCAAGCCUAUUACUGAAUUUACUCUGCACUCAAUUGGAGAAACUUCUCUUGGAAAAGAUCUCCGCGAAGAUCCAAGAAGUAAACAGUACUUGCAAGCGGUUCUUGAUUAUGGAGAUAAUUUGAUGUAUAGAUUGAGCCGACCCUGGUUAUACCACCAAUUCCUUUAUAAAUUAAGUUCGGUUGGAAGACGUAACGAAAAAACCAUCGAAAUCCUACACGAUUUUUCAAGUAACAUUAUCAAAGAAAGAUAUAAACUAUUCGAAGAUAACGGACAAAUUAGUUACACUAAUAAAAAAAAGUUGGCAUUAUUAGAUCUGAUGAUAAAAUCUAGAAAUAGCGGUGCUGAUAUGGACGAUGUAGCGAUGAGGGAAGAGGUUGAUACUUUUAUUCUGGGAGGUUAUGAUACUACGGCUGUAUCUCUAUCACAUACAUUGAUGAUAUUAGCCAAUGAAGAAAAAAUUCAGGAGGAGUUGUACCAAGAAAUUAUUGCUAUUGUGGAAAAUCCAAACAAUCCAAUGUUUGCUGAGUUACAGGAGCUGAAAUAUAUGGAAAGAUGUAUCAAGGAAAGUUUAAGAAUCUACCCCAGUGCCCACGUCAUCUCCAGAAUAGCUGGAGAGGAUAUUCGAACUAAAGAAGGAUACGUUAUUCCAAAAGGUUGCGAUAUAAAUAUCAACAUAAUAGACAUGCACAGAAGUCCACAUCUGUAUGAAAACCCUGAAAAUUUCGAUCCUGAUCGAUUUUUACCUGAAAAUAUUGCGCAGAGACAUCCUUAUGCGUAUAUACCUUUCAGUGCUGGCAGCAGAAAUUGCAUAGGUCAGAAAUAUGCUAUGUUGGAAAUGAAAGCUGUUCUUUGUGGUAUAUUGGGCAACUUCAAGUUAGAAGCUGUUACGAAACCGAAAGAAUUGCGUCACAAAGGUGACAUAAUUAUAAGACCAAUCGGUGAAAUAAGAGUUAAAUUUGUUCCUAGAAAAUAAAUACUUCAAAUUGAGUAUGCAAUAUAUACAUAAAUUAUAAUCUAAGAUAUAUACCAAUACCUAGUGGUAAUAUCAUUAAUUGACGUCAUAUAUUAUACUGAUAAGAAAAAUAUGACAGAGUACAAAUGUUAAAAUUGCAAACUUAACGUAAAAGUUCUUUAUACGCACAGUUUACAAUUUUUAAGACACUGCUUACCAAUUAACACCUUAACACAACCUAACUCACAUGCUCCAUAUAUUCCUUUUUUUCAUUGACCUUCUUCGGGGUAUUUUGCAUGCUUUUUAACUC